UAAUCAGUGGCAGAGUAACUGUCUAUGGGCGGGACUUGCCUUUUCCUUCCUAGGAAAAAAACAAAUACUCGCCUACGGUUUGAUAUGAUUUGUAGCAGGAAGCUAGCAACAUAUCUCUGAUGCUAGUAACGUUAACGAUGUGACCGAAAUGUAUUCUGUAAAAUAACGUCAGGUCAGUAUCAACCAGCGGAAUGUUACAAAGCCUGCAUGACUGUGCACGGGUAACCACCUCAGUACCGUGACAUUAAGUUCGGCUGUAACAUUACCAGUGUGAGUGUGCAGUCCUCCUUGCCAAGGAAGGAGAGGCACCAGGGACCAUGAGUGAGAAUGGCCCUCAUACGUCGGCGUCAAUGUACUUUGAGGUGGAGGUGGAUCACCUGGAGCGGGACGAUGACGACGAAGAAGAAGAAGAUGACAAGAUCCACUUUGACAAAGAUGAUGACUUGAUCGCCGAGCCUUCAACGUCGUCUGGUCGGGUGUACGACCGCACCACAGUACUCAUUGAGCGAGACCCUAUCCGGCUAGAUGAGGAGGGGGAAGAGGAGGGUCACUGUGGAGGGGACGAAGAUGGUGUCGCCUUCCUAACUGAAGGGGAAGGUGAUGGAGAUGAGGAGGAUGUCUCGCUGGCUUUUAUGAACGACCCUGACGGCAUGUCACAGGGUUAUGUCCACCACACCAUUUCUCCAGACCAGAUCCAGUUCACAAUUAAUCCUGGCUCCACCCGCAUGCCACGCAACAUAGAGGGGGCCACCCUCACCCUGCACUCUGAGUGCCCAGAGACCAAGCUGAGAGAGGUGAAGCGCUACCAGUGCAUGUUCGAAGGCUGCACCAGGACGUACAGCACGGCAGGAAACCUGCGAACACACCAAAAGACGCACAGAGGCGAAUACACAUUUGUGUGUAAUCAACAGGGCUGUGGAAAGGCCUUCCUCACCUCCUACAGCCUUAAGAUCCAUGUCCGUGUUCACACCAAGGAGAAGCCGUUUGAGUGUGACGUGCAAGGCUGUGAGAAGGCCUUCAACACAUUAUACAGACUAAAAGCACACCAGAGACUUCACACAGGCAAGACAUUCAACUGUGAAUCAGAGGGAUGCACAAAGUACUUUACCACACUUAGCGACCUGAGGAAGCACAUUCGCACACACACUGGGGAGAAGCCAUUUCGGUGUGACCACGAUGGCUGUGGCAAAGCCUUUGCUGCAAGUCAUCACCUAAAAACACAUGUACGGACACACACAGGGGAGAAGCCAUUCAACUGUCCCAGUGAUGGCUGUGAGAAGACGUUUAGCAGCCAGUACAGUCUGAAGAGUCACAUCCGGGGCCACGACAAAGGACAUCCCUUCACCGUCACCCUCACCCAUCCGCUCUCUGAAGACGCAAAUCACUCGCUGUGCCUCAGUGACUUGAGUCUCAUCUCUACAGACUCAGAGCUACGAGAGAACAUCCAUAAUGCUCACAAUUUGGACAUCAGCAAUGUGAAAAUCUUUGAGUUCAUGUUCCAGAGUCCUGAAAAUAGUGUCAGCCAAGAUGAUGCCAAUCCCAACGAAAGCCUUGCGGAAUCCUUCAGCCUGGAGACGUCUACCCGGUCGGUAAUGCCUGAUGGAUCGUCUCUCAUCUCUUUCUCUCUCCAUCCUACUUCCUCACCUCCCUGUCCCCACAAAACUGCAGUCAUGGAGGCUCCUUCCCAGCUCAGUCAGAGCUCUUCCUCUCAGGCCUCCACCCCUGCCCCUGUACUUGCCACUGUCAGCUCCACGCAGCCGCCGCAUUUCAUGCAACUAACCGGGCCUCAGCAGAUCUCUGACGUGCCUGCCCAGGCUUCUGUCCAAGCGCCAAACAAUGUCACCACCCAGCACUUUGUGGCACUGCCACCCACAUUCCUGUCAUCGGAUAGUGCCACCCAGACCACGCUUAUACCACCAGCCAUCUCCACUCCUCCUCCAGUGGCUCCAGCACUGACCACCCCAGCACUAGGCACCGCACCUAUUUCUGUUGUUGCAGCCACCGCAACAGAUGCUCUGGCAGCUGUUUCUCAACCGGUGCCUUUGGCCAACAUCCCCACCCCCAACCCCGGCCAUGGUUUGGCUAACACCUCUGCCCCUAUUACCAUAGCUCCCACCCCAAACCUGCCCGGCCUGGUCAUGUCUGACCAGAACCUCCAGUGGAUCCUCAGCAGUGCUGCCAACAGCCAGCAGAACCCAGAACAAACACCACAUCAAGGAUCUUCAAAAGUGGAAAAGGUUUUCUUCACGACAGCCAUACCAGUGGGAGGAAAUGCUGGAAGCUCAGUCCAGCAGAUCGGCCUCAGUCUGCCUGUCAUCAUCAUCAAACAGGAGGAGUCCUGCCAGUGCCAGUGUGCCUGCAGGGACGCUGCUAAAGACAAGGGUUCAAAGAGUGCCUCUUCCAUUGUUUCAGCCCCAGCACAGCCGCAACCACCAGAGCCCCCUCCUCCCCCACUAUCACGACCCCCAGAGCCUCCACACCAUUCAGCCACCUCAUCUUCUUCAUGCUGCCUCCCUGAGUUGUCCUCUAAGGUGGGUGAGGUGAGGCAGGAGGCACCCUCUUCUUCCUCCUACUCAGCUCAGACAGUCUCCUCGAUAGGGAGCAGCACUGCCACAAACCCUCCCUCGUCUGGUGGGUUAGCCAAUAUGGAUGUCUCAGACUUCCUUUCCCUGCAGAGCCCUGAGACAGCUGGCAACAUUGAGGCUCUGCUGCUGGUCGCUGAUGACUUUAACAUGGCCAGUGAUGGCAAUCCUUAGUAGAGAUGCCUUGAGUCUGGCACCGUGUGUUGCACCAACUCAUCCACAGACAUCAAGUCCUCCCACGUCUCGAGUCAUUCUUCACAGCAACGCCUCUUCUUUCUCCGUAUAUAGUGUGUGUAUCGAACCCCCUGCACCUGCAGUGCAUUCUGUACUGUAUAGCAUUGUGCAAC